AUGGCUCAUGGACUGCAGAUAAGAGAUGAAGAAAGUGGCUACAACAAAAAUCUAUUUUGCAUUCCUAAGCAUUAUGAAGAAGAUUUAGAAAGAGUCUUCAUUCCUCAUGGGCUCAUCCUGGACAGGACAGAACGUUUGGCUAGAGAUAUCAUGCAAGAUAUGGGAAGCCAUCACAUUGUUGCACUCUGUGUCCUUAAAGGAGGCUAUAAAUUCUUUGCUGAUUUGCUGGACCAUAUAAAAGCACUAAACCAAAAUGGUGAUAAAUCUGUACCUAUCACUGUGGAUUUUGUUAGAAUAAAAAGCUACAGUAAUGAUUCACCUACAGAAAAAAUCAGUAUUGUUGGUGAGGAAUUGUCUACACUAAAUGGGAAGAAUGUGUUAGUAGUAGAGGACAUUAUUGAGACUGGUAGAACAAUGAAAGCGUUACUUUCAAAACUGAAAGACAACGAACCAAAGAUGGUAAAAGUUGUAAGCCUGCUUGUAAAAACGACUCAUCGAACUCCAGGCUACAGACCAGACUAUAUAGGCUUUGAAAUUCCAGAUAAAUUUGUGGUUGGCUAUGCUCUUGAUUAUAACGAAUACUUCAGAGAUUUAAAUCACAUCUGCAUUCUGAAAGAGAAAGCCAAAGAGAAAUAUAGGAUCUGA